CAAAGCAUUAACUUAACAAAGAAACUAUUCUCUCAUUGUGGUUGUGCACUAUCUUAGUAGUACUUUUGAGCAUCCAAUCCAUGGCACCCCAUGCAAACCUGAGAGAGAUUGGCUUAGAAGGCUUUGCUUUGAUAGACAAGUUUUAUGGUGCACAAGCAGCUCCCAGAAACAGAAGUGGGGUAUUUCCUGCGAGACAAGGACGUUGGGUGGUUCAAGUGCCGAAUGAUGAGAUGGAAGAGCUUCCCUUGAAUAGCAAUGAGGUAGCUGCACGCUUUGGUGGGAUAAUGGCAGUGAAUUACUUCAAGGGAAAACAACAAAUUCGUUGUGGUAGACCAAUUCGAACUUGAGCUCUUUGGUUCUGAGUUUAUACUAUUAGAGAUAGUAUCAUUAGUUAUAUCUUUAAGUAGUUGUUUAUUUGAAGUGUGCCUCUUUAUGUGAAUUAACUAUCCUAGACAUACGUAGGAGCAUGUA